AUGGGUAACGCCCACUCCACUUCGGCUGAGCCACCCCGGAGAACGUCCCAUAAGCUAUCCAAGCCAAAGACGGGGAACCAUGCGACAGCCGGCCUGUUGAGUCCCGGUGCUUUUUCGAAUAACCCUCGGCGUCUCUCCAAUGCUCCGUUGCCCGAACCUCCUCCUCCUCCUUCAUCCCCGAUAAUUGCCCCUACGCCCACAACGCCGUCGGCAAUGGAAGCCUCGGCUGGCUUCGAGCAGCAUCUUGACAACGGGGCCCCCACCAUCUUCUCGCAUCGCGGCCGGCCAAGGGAGUCAAGGCGGAGGAGCCUGUUCCGCUCCAGGUCAUCUCGGGCCGCCGCCGACACCUUGCAACGGGAUUACAGCGGCGGUCUGGGUUCGAGCAUCGUGGACAGGCUGACGAGGGCGUCUUCCAUGACGUAUGAGUCUGCGGUAGCAUACUAUGGACAGGCAGGCCCUGACAAUCUGCCAAACCAGCACGUCUCUCGCACCACGUCCUGGAAUUACAACCUGACAUCGUACGAGGCGAAGCGUCUACUGAAUUUGACAGAAGAUCUACCGUUUGACCAUGCGACCGCCAUGUCUGAGAACAAGACGACGGCGGUUACGGAAACCACGUGGAAGAGCUCUAACCCAGCGAACCCCCCAAGCGCCUCCAUCACUCGCGCAAGUUCCGAUGUGUCGCUUUAUAUGCCGGUUCGGAGGCAGUCGAUAAUCCAGACGCCUGGCGUGGCAACCCGGGCGAGCUCGACUCGAGAACUCCCGGCCCUGCCCAACUCGAACUUUCGCCACAGCCAUCCUGCGACCCCGAGUCUGUCCCGCCAAGAGUCGUUUGAGUCGUACAGGAGCGGUAUUGUGUCCAUGCCACCCCGAAUUCCGGAUCCAGAUUCUGUCCCCAGAGUCGUGACGCCUUGCGAGGACCAGUACCAGUCAAUUGGUGCCUUUAAGCUUGGGUCACUGCGCAUCACCAACGGCUCCCCAAUCCCUCCAAGUCCCGAGGUUGGGAAGAGCCGCGGAAGUGGGGGACAAACUGUCGGUGGCGCGAGUGGACAGGACGGCUAUUUCACCGGAACACAUACCCAUGAAACGAGCGUCGCUGGUCCCUCAAUUGCGUACGGCCCUGUGCAGUCAGCGGAACCGCGCGAUGUGCGACCGAGCAACCUCGAUCCGCUGUCCGUGAACCAAGUAGCCGUGGGAAACGUCCCGGAAUUGGACACAGUUCCCAAGAAGACGGAUGUUGCAUCAGACCUCCUGCCCGAGAUCAGCUUCGAUCCGCUAUUAUUUUCCGAGCUGUCUCAGCCUACAAGUCCAUUGAAAACCACUUCAAAAGUGACUGCUCAGGAGGAUGAGCUGUUUGAGGAUGAGCCGCAAACUGAGUACUCCUCCAUUGAAAUCCUGGAUGUUCGCCUAGAUCCGAGUGCAAAGCAGCCGCACCCGGAACCCGCGUGUCAAAUGUCCACGGCAUUCGCGAGGACUGACAGUGGCUUCAUGUCCGCCGCAAGCCCCACAUCAGAGUCUCAUGCGCCUUUGACCAAGGCGGAUUCGGGUUACAGCUCCAAUGUGUCCUUGCGCUCAUUCCAAUCCAAGUCCCGAUUUCCCGAGAACCAGAUUACGGCUUCCUUGGAGAAGCGGCUGUCCCAGCCGAACCAGAAAGAUGGGUCGACCAACUCAGAAGGCACCCCCUUCCCAGGCGAACCUGAGACGCAUCAGCCGGCAGCGCCGGUGAGGGAGCCGCCACCCCCACCCGUCCCCCCUAAGGAUUCGCCCAAAAGCACCCCCAUCGGUCUGCCGAAGCUCAACGUCAAGCAGAGAAAGUUCUUUUUAGACCAAGAUUCAGUACAAGACAACGACCUAACACGAGCAAAUGCUCUUAAAGCGACGAGGCAUAUUCCGAACCCCAUCGUCAGUCUUCCGCCCCCUUCCGGAGGCAGGGGUUCAACAUCCCCCGGAUCUAUGCCCCGUACCCCGGGAAGCGUCAAGUCGUCAAGAUCAGACAAGUCAAGUUCUGCGUUAAGUAUUGGAAGCGGAACCCAAAAGCAGAGUAGGUUGCAGCGACUUCUGACCGGAUCUCGCCGACCCACAACCGGGCCACCGACUGUCCAUGCAACGCAUGCUCUUGAACACAGCAGUAUCCCGGCAAUCCCACGUGAUGUUGAAAAUAAGCUUCGCGAGCACACUGGCCAGUUUCCCGCGGCAACGAAGAAGCUGACCGUGAAACAGCGCUCCAGCCUAGAUACGUUGAAAACAAUUUUCAGUGUAGGUAGCAUCGAGGCUAGUCUUGAGGCGGUAAACUCCAUAAGGGCUGUCAAGCCUGUCUCCCAGUCCGAGCCCCAAGAAGCCCCUUGGAAACAGGCGCUGCAGUCAGCGCCAGCCUCUAUUGCCAAAGUUGCGGCGCAUGUCAUUCCCAGGAAGCCGAUAGUCCGGAAACCGGUGCCAGCCCGUGAAGAGGCGCCACAAAAAGCGGAGCCGGGAGCGUCCAGGCGCCACGGCCAGGGACGACUUUCCCUAGACAUCGAUGCCGCGCACACCUCGUCAAUUUCUGCGGUUGAUGCUCAAGCUGUUGGGCGCUCGUCUCGCAACCCCACUGGGCGGGCAAUGAGUCUCACGCUGCCGGGUGAGCGAGGAGCGGUUUUGAAUUCGGAUGCGCGCUUCCCAUCACCUGCUCUCCCGAGCCCGGUCGCCAAGGCGAUGGCCGCUGAGAACAAAUCCAUGACGGCCUCUCCCGUCAAUGGGACGCCGAACAGACCAGUGUCGCUCCGCGUACCGCCACCGCUGCGGCCACAAUCAUCUACUAGCAGUCUCCAUCGCAAAGUCAGCCGGGAGAGCAUUCAAAGUUAUCCAGCAGCGCUCCCUCUCUCGGGGAAGGGCAGCAGAGAUACCAUGAACAGCCGCUCCUCCAACCAAUACGGGAUGCCAAGUGAUUCCGGGCAAUCGUCUCCCGGUGGUUUUAGCAUGGACCCGCGACGACUUAUGUCUUUCCGUCGUGUUCAUGCCGCGCAAUCUUCACAGGCGGAAUCUCCCAACUGGGAGACCGGGACCGAGCAUGGGACGAGCCAUAGAUCCCCCCAGCCCUUUGUCUCAGGGGGCAGUCGCCGCAAUUCCAUCUCCUCAGUUCAGAGCUUUGAUGGCUACGGCAUCCAGCGCCCAAGCAGCUCACAAGGAUGGCAGGUCCGUACGCCUCAGCAACCUCUAAGGCACCGUGCAAGCUACGACGGUGACAGCCAUUAUUACCAGCAACGGCACCCUCGGUAUGGCUAUCCUCCCUCCAUGUCCAACGGCUACACUGCGCCGUCCAAGUCGGUACACGAUCCCCGAGUGAGGGGACAGCUCGACGUCGCCUCUACAUGGACCCGGAGCCAGCUCGAUGCCGCUGCGGGGCAGUGGUACCAGAACGGUGGUUACCCGCAGCCGUCGUACGGGCCGCGGGCGGGCCACCACCGACACCGCAGCAUGGGGAGCCGAAACGCAUACGCAUACGGUCCGAAUCCCCCGUACCGCGUGCUGCACAGCUACAAUUCACCAGCUUACCGCAAUGUCCCGAUCUGGGGAUGA